AUGGAGGAAAGGAAGUAUGUGUGCAAGUAUUGCAGCAAAAGGUUUCCUUGUGGGAAGUCUCUGGGGGGUCACAUCAGAACCCAUAUGACUGAAGAAAGAAGUAAUGCUGACGCUGACAUGUUCAUCAAGUCGGAUGGUGUGAGGAAGAAGAGAGAUUUAUGGUGUGAAGAUGUAGUUGGGAACCCCAUUUAUGGCCUCAGAGAGAACCCCAAGAAAACAAUGAGGUUUGUGCAUUCUGGUGGUGCCAGGGCCAACUAUGAACAGGGGGAGAGGUUCUGCAAAGAAUGUGGAAAAGGUUUUCCAUCACUGAAGGCUCUCUGUGGUCAUAUGGCUUGUCACUCAGAGAAGGAGAAGAGAACCAUCAAGUUUGAAGACAGUGAUAAGAAACUGAAAUUGGUUAUGGAUAGUCAAUCUGACACAGAGACUUCUGCUCCAUCGCAUCCAAGGAGAUCCAAAAGAAUGAGGGUGAAGACCAUUAACCUUUCCGAUCAACCUUUUUCUUCUUCUUCUUCUGUUUUUCCGUUGGCCCAUGGCUCUUCACCCGUGUCAGAGGUGGAGCAGGAGCAAGAAGAGGUGGCUAGGUGCUUGAUGAUGCUGUCUAGAGAUUCUAGCUUUAAGGGUCGUUUUGCUUCUGUUACUGAAUGUUCUGAUAACAACUCGGUUAUUGUAGAAGCAAAAUCAUCCUCUCCUGAUACACGGAUUGGUGUCAGCAAUGGUAAUUAUAACAACUUUCUUUCUAAUAAUACUUGUGAUCUUGUUGACAAGAAGUUUCUUAGGUUUAAGGAUAUCAAGUUGAAGUCUGUUGAGUUAGGUGCUUCUGAUAAUUCAGGUUCUAGAUAUUUCAAACAUAGUCCCAAAACCAAAAUUGUAGACUCGGAUGUCUCAAAUGAAGAAUUUAAGUGGCCCAAAGUGGGAAAAAAGUCAAGCAAAUACAGUGCAACUACAGUAAAGAAAUUAGUGAUGGAGGAUUUGGAUUAUGAUAGAACAGAUGAAACUGCAAGGAAGUUUGAUUCAAGAAAGAGAAGCAAUUAUGACUCUUUUAAUCACAAUCUAGUUGGGGGUUCUAUCAAGAAGGUAGCAAACGGUUUCGGUAACGAAGUAAAUGGGAAUGACACAAAAGAUUGGAAGUAUGAUUCUUUGGAGGGUGAAAGGGACUAUGGUUCUUAUGAUUCCAUAGAGGAGAGCCAUGAAAACAGUUCAGAGACAGAAUCUUAUCCUGCUCCGAGGCCUCACAACAGCAAGGCUCUCAAUGGAAAGAAGUACACCGGCAAGGCCAAGAGGAAGUUGAAGUCUAAGAAAAGCAGGGAACAUGAGUGUCCAAUCUGCUACAAAAUUUUCAGGUCAGGUCAAGCCUUGGGAGGUCACAAAAGAUCCCAUUUCAUUGGGGGUUCUGAAGAAAACACUUUGGUUAUUAAACAAGCUGCUCCUGUUGUUCCUUGCCUGAUUGAUCUCAAUCUACCUGCUCCUGUUGAUGAAUAG